AUGGAGACUCGUGCUUCAAAGAAGAGAGCUAACACCAAACAAAAUCUACAACUCGUUGUUCCCAAACGGCGGAGGGUACUUUUCUCUGAAAUUCCCGAUCUCAAUGUUCGUGUUUAUCAAACUAGACAAACACUCCAAUCUCAGAUAAACCCUAACCUUAAAAGACCAACAACAACAUUGCUUCCUUUCCUUCGUAAUUCCAAUUUGGAUAAACCUAUUUAUAACAAAACUAAUGUCGAAUGUGAUCACCGACAAAUCAUUAAACCUUAUGUAUCCGACAUUGAUGAUUAUCAUCGAACAACCGAGGUAAUAAAAACGCGGAGACCAAUGGUGGGCUACAUUGAGAAUGUUCAGAGAGAGGUUACUACAAACAUGAGGGGGACAUUGGUGGAUUGGUUAGUGAAGGUUGCAGACAAGUACAAGCUUCUUCCUGAAACCCUCCAUCUAUGUAUCUCCUACAUUGACAGAUUCUUAUCUCUGAAAUCCGUUAGCGAAACAAAUCUUCGGUUGGUUGGUGUUUCAUCUAUGCUCAUUGCAUCUAAGUAUGAAGAAAUCACACCACCAAACGCGGCGACUUUCUGCAAAAUUGCUGAUAACAAUUAUGACCUUUCGGAGGUUUUAAAGAUGGAAAUUGACAUACUCAAGUCACUAAAUUAUGAAAUGGGAAACCCUAAUGUUACCACAUUUCUAAAGAGGUUUGUUGAACUUGCAUGUGGGAAUCAAAAGAAUUUGAAUUUACAGUUUGAAUAUCUGUGCAACUAUCUUGCUGAUCUAAGCUUGUUGGACUAUGAGUGUAUAAGAUUCUUGCCUUCUAUUGUGGCCGCAUCGGUUAUAUUUCUCGCUAGAUUUAUUAUUCAACCAGAAGUACAUUCUUGGACACCAUCCUUGUAUGAAUGCUUGGGUUACAAGUCAUCUGAGUUGAAGGAAUGUGUUGUUAUUUUAUAUGACUUGUACUUUUUAAGAAGGGCAACAUCCUUGAAAACUCUUCGCAACAAAUACAUUAAAAAAAAGUUCAAAUGUGUGGCCAAUUUGCCUUCUCCGCUAGAGGUGCCGACUAGUUACUUCGAAGAAACGUGA